AUGCCUCGGAAGCAGCAGGCUGACUGCAUCGUUCUCUUCACAUUCCUGGGUCUGUCUGGGCUGGUUGGCUCAGUGACCAGAACAUACCACAUUGGGAUUGUGGAAGAAUACUGGAACUAUGUACCCCAAGGCAAGAACGUUGUUAGCGGAGGAAGUUUUUCAGAAGACAAUUUUAUUGAGGUCGAUGCCGGCAUGCUGGGACAGUACAAUGUUGGUAACUGCAAAGGUGAUAUUCCUCACCCCAAAAAGAAGGGUCAGCAGAGGCACUACUUUAUAGCAGCUGAAAAAGUUCUUUGGGAUUAUGCUCCUCGAGGCUAUAACAAAUUCAGUGGUCUUCCCCUAAAUGCUUCUGGCAGUGACUCCGAGCUCUACUUCACACAAGGGGACAACAGAAUUGGAGGAAAAUAUUGGAAGGCUCAGUAUAUGGAGUAUGUUGAUGCAACUUUUACUCGAAGAAAGAGACUCUCUGAGGCAGAAGCCCAUCUUGGAAUUCUUGGCCCCGUCAUCAGGGCAGAGGUGGGUGAUACCCUGCUAGUCACCUUUGCCAACAAAGCUGACAAAGUCUACAGUAUUUUGCCCCAUGGCGUGAUCUAUGACAAGGCCUCUGAUGCAGCCCCAAACAUAGAUGGAUUUCUGAAGCCAGGGGCUCAUGUGAAGCCAGGUGAAACCUUCACAUACAAGUGGACAGUGCCUGAGAGUGUAAGCCCGACGGCCGGUGAUCCCCCCUGUCUGACCUAUCUUUACUUCUCAGCGGUGGAGCCCAUCCAGGACACCAGCGCUGGUCUUGUGGGGCCCUUGCUAGUCUGUAAGAAGGGUGCUCUCAAUGCCGAUGGGACACAGAAAGGAAUAGACAAGGAAUUUUACCUACUGUUCACAGUCUUUGAUGAGAACUUGAGCAGGUAUCUUGACGAAAACAUUCAGAGGUUUACAUGGCACCCCUUCAGUAUUGACAAAGAAGACAAGGAUUUUGUGAAGUCCAACCAAAUGCAUGCUAUUAAUGGCUUUAUGUAUGGCAACCAGCCAGGCCUAAGCAUGUGCAAAAAGGAUAGAGUUGCCUGGCAUAUGAUUGGAAUGGGCACUGACACGGAUAUGCAUGGAGUUUAUUUUCAAGGGAACACCAUCCACCUACGAGGGACUCACCGAGACACCCUAGCCCUGUUUCCCCAUACCUCCACAACGGUGUUCAUGCAGCCGGACCAUGCAGGAGAAAUAAACACCUACAGGUGGAAUGUCCCUAAAAGGUCUGGUCCAGGACCAAAUGAUCCAAAUUGUAUUCCGUGGGUUUACUAUUCAACAGUAAACUUUGUGAAGGAUACAUAUAGCGGUUUGAUGGGUCCUCUGAUUAUUUGCAGAGAAGGAUUGUUGAAUGAGAAGGGAAGAAGAAGCGAUGUUGAUUAUGAAUUCGUUCUCUUGUUUUUGGUAUUUAAUGAGAAUGAAUCCUGGUAUCUGGAUGACAAUAUAAAGAAGUAUCUCAAUAAAGAUCCACGACAUUUCAGGCACACUGACGACUUUGAAGAGAGCAACAAAAUGCAUGCUAUCAAUGGAAAGAUUUUUGGGAAUCUCCAUGGCCUUAUCAUGAAUGAGGAUACGAUGACAAACUGGUAUCUGUUGGGAAUGGGAAGUGAAGUGGACAUACAUACCAUCCAUUAUCAUGCUGAGAGCUUUCUUUUCAAAAUAGAUAAGUCUUACCGAGAAGACGUGUAUGAUCUUUUUCCUGGGACAUUCCAAACCAUUGAGCUGUUUGCAGAUCACCCAGGGACAUGGCUGUUACACUGUCAUGUGUCUGACCACAUCCAUGCUGGCAUGGAGACAACUUACACAGUCCUUCGGAACAUAGACAACAGGAUCCCUUACUCCACCAAGUCUCCAUCUGGUGGAGCGUCCUGCCCAGCCACAGUGCCCUCCAAUGAAGAACCUGGCAAAGAGCAGCUCUAUUUCUUUGGCAAGAAUCUAGGUCCUAGGGGAGCCAAAGCAGCCUUGGUCAUCCUCUUCAUCAUUGGACUCCUCCUCCUGAUCUCCACAGUGAUUCUCUCCAUCAGACUGCAGUCUGCAAGGAAGCAGGUUGCAUACCGGGAAGUCCAGUCCUGCACACUCCCCACGGAUGCUCUGUGAACCAGCUGGUCUUCCUCAGCAAGGAAACUGGACA